UCUCUCGGGCUCGAAAUCUGUCAUUUAUGUGGCAGUUAUAAUUGUGAGUGGCAAAACGACUCAUGUUGACACAAUUGUCUCUCGCUUACGGCUUAAGAAAUCAUAGAUUAGACUAAGGAAGGAAAUAAGGGAUUAUUAUCCUGGCAUCAUGGCAUGUUUUACUGCCACACUUGGUGUGAUCAUUCUGGUGGGAUUCAUCAACCUCUCAACAGCAAAGAAGGAUACCUGUGAUCUUUAUGCUGGAGUUGGACAGAAUCUAACGCUGCCGUUUGUGUAUGAUGGACUGGCAAACUCACAUGUGCUGAGAUGGACUCAUAAUAACACAAUCAUUUUCUACAGAGAAAAAGGGAGAGUGUCUGUUGGAAAGUCAGAGGACAUCUCUGCAGCGGGAUCUCUUUCGCUGAAGAACCUACAAUUCUCAAGUGCAGGGACUUACCAAGCUAAUUUGCUGAAUCCAAAUGGUACACUGGCUAAAACGUGGACUCAUCGUCUCUGUAUGAUGGACAAGGUAUCAAAACCUCAACUCACUUACAUGUGUGACCCCAAGUCUAGUGCUGUUAAUCUAAAUUGCCAUGCAGUCUAUCCUCAGGGUUUGGUGUUCUCAUGGACACUUGAUGAAAAGACCUUAACAAGCGAAACAAGACAAACACUGAGCAUAUCACUGGCCCAGUUGAAAGGGGAGAGGAGUUUUACCUGUAGUGUUGCAAACAAAGUCAGCAAGGAGAAGAGUGACACUGUCCGUCCAACCUGCAAAGGUCCACCACCACCAACUUUAUUCUGUUUUACAUCCACAACGGUUGUAGCAGUGCUGGCAGGUGGAGCCAGUCUGAUUCUGCUCUUGCUCAUCAUAAUCAUCAUAUUAUGUUGCUGCCACAGACGCAUCAAAACCCAAAUGAGACGCAGGGAUAAAGGGGAGCUGAGGAUGCUUUCUCUAAAGAAACGAGAGUCUGACUCCAUCAGCCCAGAGUAUGAGACUAUGCACCCGAAUGAGUAUACUGAAAACAGGCCUGCACAGCUCUCCAUAGUUUCUGAAGGACAACAACCUCCACCUGUGCCGAAGCCGAGGACAAAAACUCCCCAGACACCAAACAUUUGAACGUGCCUCCCUCUCUUACUAUCCCAGGAACUUUCAAGAACUAAGACAAAAAGGCAUGUUUUGUAGAUUGAUUGAACAUAAAACUGAACCAAAAUGAAGAAGGGCAUGUCUUUUGUCCACAAUUUUAAUCUACACAUUCUUUAUCACUUUAAUAUUGUAGUGUAUACCUAGGCUAUAUAGAUGCAGUGAAUUGACAAUUGAAGUAUCUGUGUUUAGAAACAAUGGGCAUAAUCAUGAUAUGCUGUGGACCUGGGAGGUAGAAUUUGAAGCAGCAUAAUCUUUAUUUUCUCAGCAACUUUAAAUAUGAUUUCAUGGCUUUUCUAUGUUGAAGCUUUGUUGUUAUUGUUUUCAAUUUAGCUGUUAUAGUGGUGGGGGUCAAGGCAUUGACCCCCACUGGUAUCACUGGUACACAUUAUAAUAAAAGAAACUGUGCUUGAGGAAUUUCAAUAUUGAUGUAUCAUUCUAAUUGUUAAUGUUACUAAUGAUCUUUUCUGUUUUAUUAUGACUUCUUUAACUGCAGAGCCAAUGUACUUCUGUGUUAUAAAUAAAGCAAUGUCCAGAAAUAAAAAGAGAGUUUUGUGUAAAACGUGA